AUGAUUCAGGGAAACCCUAAGAUUCUCCUGGCGGCCAGUCCCGUGUUUCACGGCCGGUACACGGAUAAGAACCUGCCGUUCGAGCUCGUUCCGGUAACGACACGUGGCGGCGACGUCUCCGUGCAGCUUCGCGUGCGCGUUGAUGAUCGCACGAGCUUCACGGCAAAGGGAUCACAGCGUAACUAUACGCAGCCAAACGUGUCAGUCAGCAGCCUACACGCAUGUGUUCAUGUGCUCAUCUGCGCCCGUCCCUCCCCUUUCCCUCUGGCUAACCACCGUUUUUCCCCUCUCUCCCUUUCCAUCCCCUCUCCCCCUCUCGCUCUCCUCCCCCAGGACCUAGAUCUGCUACGCCUGCCUGAAGAAGCAGCCCCUCCUCUUGCCGUUAUAUCAGGCGGUGGAUCCGGAUCAAAAGGAGGAGGGGGAGGGGGAGGAGGGGGUGGAGGGGGAGGGAGCAGUGGUGGGCUGGCGUCAGUGUGGGCGGAGAAUCCAAAGAAUUUCCUGCAGCACUGUGUGGUGUUCAAGGACCUGAUUGUCAACAAGGGGCAGAAGCUCAACAUCCGCGUCUCCUCUUCGGGGCCUGAUCAUGGCAAGCACUGUGCGGUGUUGAAGGACUGGAUCGUCAACAAGGGAGGGAAGCGCAACAUCCAUGUCUCCUCUUCGGGCCCAAUCAUGGCAAGCGAGUUGACUCAGAACCUCAAGAACUUUCUGCAGCACUGUCCGGUGUUCAAGGACUGGAUCGUCAACAAGGGAGGAAAGCUCAACAUCCGCAUCUCCUUUGAAAUCUCCUUUAUUUCCCUCGCCCUUCUCCCCCUCCCCCCUCCCCAGGUGUUCUAUGCGGAGCUCGAUGUGUGGGUGGCGUGGGGGAGGGGGCGGAACAAGGCAGACGCGGAGAGGAACUGCUGCGUGGCGGCGUGUGAGCGCCUGCACGAGCUGGGGUUGCUCAAAGCACCCUCGUCCUCCAACCUUGCUGCCAUGGGAGGGCAGGGUGGCGGUGCUGGCAUGCUGGCCAAGGAUCAGGGACAGGUGCGUGCAGUGCUGUCUGUGCAUCUGUUGUGUUGUGUGUCGUGGCGGCGUGUGAGUGCCUGCAUGAAGUGGAGGGGGCGGAACAAGGCAGACGCGGAGAGGAACUGCUGCGUGGCUGCCCGUGAGCGCCUGCACGAGCUGGGGCUGCUCAAGGCACCUUCCUCCUCCAACCUUGCUACGCUUGGAGGGCAGAGCGGUGGUGCUGGCAUGAUGGCAAAGGAUCAGGGGCAGCCCCUGCACGAGCUGGGGUUGCUCAAGGCCCCUUCCUCGUCCAACCUUGCUGCCAUGGGAGGGCAGAGCGGUGGUGCUGCAGGCAUGCUGGUGAAGGAUCAGGGGCAGACCCCCCGCCUCUCUCUCGAUCCAUCCGACAUCACCCUUCUAGAGGACGUACUUUCCGAGUUCCAUUCCAGCCUGCCCAAGCCGCUGUCUCUUGAGUCGCUUCAAAGCUCAUUCCGAUACCUUCCCCAUUUUCUCCCUCCCUCUCCCAUGCAGACCCCCCGCCUCUCUCUUGAUCCAUCCGACAUCACCCUCCUCGAAGACGUCUUCUCCGAAUUCCACUCCAGCCUGCUUUUGAGGCAACUCAAAAGCGUAUUUCUUUUCUCCUUGCGUCCUCCCUCCCACCUACCCAUGCAGACCCCCCGUCUCUCCCUCGAUUCAUCCGACAUUGCUCUUCUAGAGACCCCCCGCCUCUCCCUCGAUCCAUCCGACAUCACCCUUCUAGAGGACGUGCUUUCCGAAUUUCAUUCCAGCCUGCCCAAGCCACCGUCUCUCCCUCCUCCCUCCCACUCACCUCCUCUCCCCUCCCACCCUCCCGACUCCACCACCCAAGGCACUGGUUUGCUCCCCCGCCCGCACUCCACAGGCACCCUCCCUUCCUCCUCUUUGCAAUCCUCGCUCCAAUACCCCUCCUCUCGCCCACCCUCCGGUUCCAUCCCCACUACUACCCCUUCGGGCGCUGGUGUAAGUGCUGCGUCUGCUUCUAAAGCAGCAGCUGCAGGAGCAGCAGCGGCGGCUGCGGCGGCAGCGGCGUUGGAUGUAUCUGGGCCGUACCCGAGGGAUCCGUACCUGGAUGAACGGUUCAGAUUGGCAGCUGAGAGGAGGAGCGCGGCAAGGGAGAUGGGGGAGAGGUGGAGGGCGCGGGAGAGGCUACCUGCGUGGAAGGAGAGGGAUGCUGUGGUGCGCAUGGUGCAGGCAAACCCAGUGUCGCUCAUUGUUGGGGAGACUGGUUGCGGUAAAACCACCCAGGUUCCUCAGUUUAUCCUUGAAGAUUCAGAGCGGAAUGGCACCGCUAGCAGCACACACAUUAUAGUCACGCAGCCUCGCAGAAUUGCAGCGUUGAGUGUGGCAGAGCGAGUGGCAUGGGAGAGGGGUGAGGCGUUGGGGGACAGUGUGGGAUACCGCAUUCGGCUGGACAGCAACCCGCCCCGAGCCAGAGGCAGCAUCCUCUUCUGCACUGUCGGCAUCCUGCUCAGGCGAAUGCAGAGCCCAGAGGGCAUGGAGGGGGUGAGCCAUGUGGUGGUGGACGAGGUGCAUGAGAGGGACAUGGACACCGACUUCCUCCUCAUCGUGCUCAAGCAGAUGCUCGCCUCCCCCACUGUGCACUCUCGUAUUCGUGUGGUCAUCAUGAGCGCCACCAUCGAUGCUGAUCUCUUCACCUCCUCGCUCACUCAUCUGUUCCCGCGAGCGAGCUGGUGUUACUUCCACCACUGCCCCAUGCUCACAAUCCCAGGCUUCAUCCACCCUGUCUCAGUCCACUCGCUCGACGAUCUUCCUUACCUCAUGGGCCGCCAUGUGCCUUCGGUGGUACGGCAAGCACUCCAGCCCAAGUACGGGUGCGCUGACGAGGACGAGCUCGAUGCUGAGCUGGCAGCGAGGGUCGUGGCGUGGGUGGAUGAUGAGUAUGCGAGGGAGGACGGGUCGAUUCUCUGCUUCUUGCCAGUAAGUAACCUUGCACAUGCUGAGAUGGGAGCGAUGGCCGUGGCGUGGGUGGAUGAUGAGUAUGCGAGGGAGGACGGGUCGAUUCUCUGCUUCUUGCCAGUAAGUAACCUUGCACAUGCUGAGAUGGGAGCGAUGGCCGUGGCGUGGGUGGAUGAUGAGUAUGCGAGGGAGGACGGGUCGAUUCUCUGCUUCUUGCCAGUAAGUAACCUUGCACAUGCUGAGAUGGGAGCGAUGGCCGUGGCGUGGGUGGAUGAUGAGUAUGCGAGGGAGGACGGGUCGAUUCUCUGCUUCUUGCCAGUAAGUAACCUUGCACAUGCUGAGAUGGGAGCGAUGGCCGUGGCGUGGGUGGAUGAUGAGUAUGCGAGGGAGGACGGGUCGAUUCUCUGCUUCUUGCCAGUAAGUAACCUUGCACAUGCUGAGAUGGGAGCGAUGGCCGUGGCGUGGGUGGAUGAUGAGUAUGCGAGGGAGGACGGGUCGAUUCUCUGCUUCUUGCCAGUAAGUAACCUUGCACAUGCUGAGAUGGGAGCGAUGGCCGUGGCCUGGGUGGAUGAUGAGUAUGCGAGGGAGGACGGGUCGAUUCUCUGCUUCCUGCUGGUGAGUGGAAGCACCGGUCAAUCCUCUGCUCUGUUUCAACACUCGUGCUGCACUUUCAAAGGCAUGAGUGUUGAAGAUGCCAAGCGACAGCUACAGUUCCUCCCUGGAUCAUACCGCUUCCACAUUGUCAUGCUGCACUCGCAGGUGCCACCAGCAGAGCAGAGAGCAGCAUUUGAUCGCCCUCCAGAGGGGAAGCGCAAGGUGAUUCUAUCAACCAACAUAGCGGAGACGAGUGUGACAAUAGACGACGUGGUGUUUGUGGUGGAUGGUGGCAAGUCCAAGGAGAAAUACUUCGAGCCGGCAAGGAACAUCUCCUCCAUGCGCGUGCAGGUGUACGAGGCCAUGGCCCCCAACUCCGUGCCUGAGAUGCAACGCGUCCCUCUAGAAGAAAUCUGCUUGCAGAUCAAACCCCUCCCUCUUGCAGCUGCCGUCACCUCCUACCCCUCCUCCUCCUCCUCCUACCCCUCCUCCGCCACCGCCCAUCGCAGCACCAACAUCGGCCUCUUUCUCGCCAAGGCCCUCUCUCCUCCCGAUCCCUUUGCCGUUCGCCAUGCCAUAGAGAAUCUCCAGGGGCUGGGCGCACUAGACGAAGAUGAAGAGCUCACAGCCCUUGGAUCGACCCUCAGCCGGCUUGCUGUCCACCCUCGGAUUGGCAAGAUGUUGGUGUAUGGGUCCCUCCUGCACUGCCUAUCUCCUCUCCUCUCCGUCGCUGCGGCAGCUUCCCUCUCCCGGGAUCCGUUCCUCUCCCCCAUCACCAACCGCAACGCCGCCGAUGCUGCGCGCCGAGCCUUCGCGACAGGCUCGGCGGCGGGCAGCGACCAUCUAGCGGUGGUGAUGGCGCAUGAGGGGUGGAUGAGAGCAAACGCAGAGGGGCGGGCGAUGGGGUACUGCGAUGAGAACUUCCUGGCACCGACCGGUAUGCGGCUUAUGCUGGGGCUGAAGAUGCAGAUUGAGAGGAUGCUGUGGGGGGCGGGGUUGGCCCGAUUGGGGGAGUCUCUUGAUGCUGAUUUGCCGCCCAAGGCACAGGCGCAGGACGAGCGCAUGGACGAGCAGAUGGACGGCCGAGAUUACCCCUCGGGCUCUGACAGAGCCAAUGCUGCUGCAUCUGAACCGCACAUCGACGACACUGACGAGUCAUCCCUCUUCAUCGCUCGUUCCGUGCUAGUGGCAGGUCUGUCUCCCCAUAUAGCCCACUCCGACAUGCUCCCAGAAGCCCGAGGCGGGGCCGGCAGCAGCAGUGGCGGGAAACAGAAGGUUCGGCUGAGGUUCGGGUUCCGAACCUCCGAGGGCCGGGUGUGGAUCCACCCAACAGGGGUGAUUCCCCAGCAGGGCAAGGCAUUGGAUGACGGGGGAGUGCAUUUUCUGACGUUUAACGAGCGGGUGCAGACGUCACAGGUGUUUAUCCGUGGCUGCACCCUCAUCCCUGCACUCUCUAUCGUCCUCUUCGGAGGUCCUAUCCAGCUUGCCCCUGCCCCAUCUCCAUUUCUACCCCUGGGAGGGGCUUUUCCCUCUGGCAAUUCGUACGGUGCUGCUGCUGGUGGCGCCUAUGGGUUUGGACCGUCCUCAUUGGCUUCUCAGCCGGUUCUGCUCAUUGUGGACCGUUGGAUCGAGUUUGUGGUGGAUCGGCACGUGGGAGAGCUGCUGGUGCAGCUGCGGGCGGUGCUGGAUUCGAUUCUGGGGAGGUGGGUGGCGGGAGGGCCGCGGCCGGCCAAUGAGAGGCGAGUGGAGGUAGUGUUGGUGGUGGGGAUUGGAGGGGGGGUGGUGCUGCUGGUGGCGGGGAUUGGAGGUCUGGUGGUGCUGAUGGGGGGGAUUGGAGGUCUGGUGGUGCUGGUAGGGGGGAUUGGAGGUCUGGUGGUGCUGGUAGGGGGGAUUGGAGGGGGGGUGGUGCUGGUGGUCGUCAUGAGCCUAGUCCUCGUGGGUAUGGUGACCGAGUCUCAAGGGAUGGGUCUGAGUAUCGAAGAAUCCAAAAAGCAGCCUGCUGGCGUGGAAUCCAUUAGCAAGGACGGCAAGGACUCUUCUUCCGACCUCAAGGCUAAGGUCACGUGGACUUGCCGUGAUUGCGACCGCAGCUGCCUGCCAGUUCGAGACGAAUCCCAAUGUAUCUGCGGCCACAGGCUUCGAGAGCAUCGUCUGAAACCGCCUACUACUCAGCGAAGCUCUUCUGAAACAGUGGCUGCGGAAAAAUUGACCGACCCACGGCUGUCUGAGAACCCGGAAUCGCAAGAUUCGGACUCCCUGGCAGGACCGCCGAGCGAUUCGCAUUCAGGCUCCUCGUCGUCGUCUUCGUCGCAUUGUGUUGAAUUUCAGCUGGUCUGCGGACGAGCCAAAUGUGCGUGCGAGAGUUUCUUCUUCAUUCCCGCUCAAGGCGUCUGGAUCCUUCGUUGCAGAUGCAAGCAUAAGCAUGUGGAACACGAGCCAACAUCGCACAAAUGCAUCCGGCCAAAAUGCUCAUGCGACAAGUUCGAUAGCCCAUGGGUGUGCAACUGCAAUCAUCCAUGGAGUCAUCACACACAGCAGACCAGUGUCCUGACAAGGCAGCAGCUCCUCAAGCAAAG